UUCUGCAUAAUAGCUAUAGAGCAUCCCAGGAUUAUAUCUCUUGCAAUGAAGCUGUUUAUAGCUGUGGCUCUGUUGGUUAUUGGACUUUUUCCCAGUCCAGGCUCAGGACAAACCAGUGAGACUCCAAUUGAGAUAACAACUAAAGCACCAACUCAGGAAUCAACUGAUGCAACAACUCAGGAACCAACUGAGGCCACAACUGAUGCAACAACUCAGGAACCAACUGAGGCCACAACUGAUGCAACAACUCAGGAACCAACUGAGGCCACAACUGAUGCAACAACUCGGGAACCAACUGAGGCCACAACUGAUGCAACAACUCAGGAACCAACUGAUGGAUCCAUUAGAGUGGACAUAGUGGAAUUCUUGUACAUAUCAAAUGAUGUUUUCAUAAGAAUCCACUUUAACAAUUUCAUGGAGAACAUUUAUUACUACGAAUCGUUUGAUACUGAUGUGCCGUGCUUUUUGAACCAACUUGUUUUCAGAAACAGGGACACGAAUAGAAUCUUCCAGGCUGAACACCAGGGUACUUGUUCUUUCUACAACAUCGGCUCCGGAUCCAUUCUGAUCCACAUGACUUCUAGAGAUUUUCUCAGGAUGGUUGUAAACAAGCUUAUUGACACAAACUCUACUAAUCAGUCCUUGGAAAUGUACACUGCAGAUAUGCUUGGAACUCCUUUUAACCUUCAAAUAGAACCAGAUAACGCUAUUGAGUGUGACUUGAGAUUGGACUUGUACUACAAUGAAAUGUAUAACAAGUUUGAUUAUUGGAUCGAUGAGGGAAUUCUUUUGAUUCAUUUCUAUGAUUUUAUUGAGGUUGCCACUGUCAAUGCCAGCAAGCUAUCACUCUCUCGCAAUAACCGUCAUCGGUAUGCAAACAACACUGUUAACAUUACGAGUGGUGAAAUACUGAACCAGUCACCUGGCCUAGCAAGAUCUGUGGGUAUCAAACUGACCUCUAAUGAUCAAGAUCUUCUUGCAAGCAAAAGAAUAUGCACUGGAGAUAAUAGGAGUUCUUUCAUUCAAUACUGUUACCUCGGCAUAGAAUCAGGAUUUGCUGCUGCAUAUUUUGGACGAGAAGUUUCUCCUAAUACCUAUUCUGUCAAUAUUAUCCGGAGGACACCCACAGAUUCUGAGCGAGUGUCUGUGUCCAUUCAGCUAGAGUACAUUGAUGGAUUGACUUUGGACCUGGCGCUCAGUCUAGGUCAGCCAAUCAGAAUUCGAUCAAUUAAUUUUGGCGAGGAGAGGAUUAUCAGCGAGAGGAUUAUCAGUGUAACGUGCAUAAGCAGAGACACUAACAAACAUGUAAACCCCAUGCUGGAGAUUGACAAUGGUGCAGUGUCUAUUCCACCUAACUACAUCCAGAAUGACUGGCCCAGCUCCACCACCUUGAAUGCACCCAGGGGGCUAACUGAGUCUGGUUUGCAAGGUUACUACACGUGCAGGACAGAGGGAAACACUUUCCUCAGCCGUCACAUUCUGCAUUCCAAUGCUUUCCACCUCUUUUUCUACCAAGGGACCCCUGCUACAGCUGAUGUAGGAGAAGACAUUGUACUCCGCUUUGCACAUGGCGACUUUUCUGAUCGUUUUAUUGAGGAAUUUCGUAGUGAUCGGUUAGAUGUGCAUUGUGCUGAUCCAUGUGGCAAUCCACCUUUUGAGUACCAUUUCGAAACAAACACCCCAUUUCCGUACCAUGCUGAGCUACACAUCAACAGGACCCAGUUUAACUAUGAGGGAGAGUACUAUAUCUCAUAUUAUGAUGAUGAUCAUCGACUACGGCCAAACUUCAUUAUCAAUGUCAUCAAACCUGAACUCACUCUCUACCCACCGGUCCUGACUGUGCUCAGUUCUAACUCUCCUGAUACAACCGCCUCUCUCACUUGUACCUCUAACAAUACAAAUGUCCCUGUGCUGUUCUCUGGAGAUUACACAUCACUGGGUAUUAUGUCUACAUACUUGGAUGACACUAACAGCUCUGUGAGAUUGGACUUUGAACUGAACAAAUACCGUAUUGUAAUGCUAGAUGGGAUGGAGUUUACCUGUGAAGCCAGAGAUCCAGAUGAUUUUCAAUCCACUGUGUCAACGGCUAGCUCCACCUUUAGGGCAGUGCUAGGUACUUUAUUUAUUGGUUCCUCAGGGCAAUCUUUUCUAUUGUUCGGUUAUCUCUCUUUGCAAUUGAGCCUGAUGGUGAUCGUAAACAAGUUAUGGAUAGUGCAAUGAU